UUUCUCUAAAGAUAAAUGGAGGCACAAUUUGACAUGCCCAUGGACAAGAAGGCGACCAUGAAAAAGAAGGCUGCGGGCGGAAGCGGAUGUAGCCACAUCAGCGCGCCCAAAGCUGCCGCGUCCAAUUGUAGGAGCAGCAACAGCGGCAAUUGUGUUGACUCUGUCCCCGCUGCUGCUGCCAGCCAGAGCGCCCCAAGUGUGAAGCAGCUCGGCGUGGCCAGCAACGCCGUCAUGGACGAGGCUGAGGAUGAUGAGGAGGAGUCCAAGUUUCAGCAUCCGUGGCUGCGCCGAGUUGGGGGGAGCAGCAGUAGCGGUGGUGGUGGAGGCGGAGGAGGUAGUAUCAGAAUGAAGAACUUUAAGCCAGGAGGGGGAGCCGUGGCCACGGCUACCAGAAAUAACUCUACAAACAACGAGCCCAGCCUACUGCAAGCGGAGGACGCGCCUGCUGCCACUGAGCCCACUGUAGCAUCCAAAGUGAUUGAUACCGCAACGUGUCUGGGAGAUAAUGCCGGGCGCGGCGAGACCAACAGAGUGGCAGGGGCGGAGACGUCUGGAGCAGCCAUCACACUAGAGGUUUUAAACGCGGCAGCAGGUGAUGGUUGCAAUAGCACCGCUCCAAUUUCAAGAAUGAAAUGCAACAAAAACGGAGAAUGCAGGAGGGACUCCGGGACCGGGAGCCUGCGCUCGAUCAUCUCCAACAAGACUGCCGGGGCGGGGAGGGCCGAAGACGGAGGGACCCUUAGGCGUGGUGCCUGUAACUCAGCCAGGGCCAGCAUGGAUGGCUCCAUGACAAGCUCCAUCACGCAGGGCCACGGGGAAGUUGGCGCAAACCCCGGCAUCACCCCGGUUUCCACCGGCGUCCCCGAGAAAAAAGACUCCAGGGUGUCCUUCUCCAACGCGCCGAGCAGGAAAGCCUCCUCAUCGCUGCACGGCUCGACCCAGACCCAGACGACCCAGCAGCCCAGGAAUUCUGUCACCUUCCAGAAGCCCGAGGAGGGACCCCAGAUCCAGACCGAGGAUGCCGAGGCUGACGGAAGCACCUUCAUGCAGCGACAAUUCAGUGCCAUGCUGCAACCUGGAGUUAACAAAUUCUCCUUACGUAUGUAUGGGAGUCAAAAGGCGGUGGAGAGGGAGCAAGAGCGGGUUAAAUCAGCGGGCAAUUGGAUUAUCCACCCCUACAGUGAUUUCAGGUUCUACUGGGAUUUCACAAUGCUUCUCUUCAUGGUGGGUAACCUGAUCAUCAUCCCGGUGGGCAUCACCUUCUUCAACGACGGGACAACCACCCCUUGGAUCAUCUUCAACGUCAUCUCCGACACCUUCUUCCUCAUGGACCUGGUCCUCAACUUCCGCACAGGCAUCAUCAUCGAGGACAACUCCGACAUCAUCCUGGACCCCAAGACCAUCAAGAAGACGUACCUGAAGACCUGGUUCAUCGUGGACUUUGUCUCCUCCAUCCCCGUGGAUUAUAUCUUCCUGAUCGUGGAGAAGGGGAUCGACUCUGAGAUGUAUAAGACGGCCAGGGCCCUGAGGAUCGUACGAUUCACUAAGAUCCUUAGCCUACUGAGGCUGCUGAGGUUGUCCCGGCUCAUCCGCUACAUCCACCAGUGGGAAGAGAUCUUCCAUAUGACCUAUGACCUGGCCAGUGCGGUGAUGCGUAUCUUCAACCUGAUUGGUAUGAUGCUGCUGCUGUGUCACUGGGAUGGCUGUCUACAGUUCCUGGUUCCCAUGCUGCAGGACUUCCCCUCAGACUGCUGGGUCUCCCUCAACAAGAUGGUGAAUGACACCUGGUCGGAGCUAUAUUCGUUUGCAGUGUUCAAGGCGAUGAGCCACAUGCUGUGUAUCGGCUACGGUCGGCAGGCCCCGGAGAGCCUGUCUGAUAUCUGGCUCACCAUGCUCAGUAUGAUCGUCGGGGCCACCUGCUAUGCUGUGUUCAUAGGCCAUGCCACAGCACUCAUCCAGUCCCUGGACUCGUCCCGACGACAGUACCAGGAGAAGUACAAACAAGUGGAGCAGUAUAUGUCCUUCCACAAGCUGCCGUCCGACUUCCGACAGAAAAUCCAUGAUUAUUACGAGCACCGGUACCAGGGGAAGAUGUUUGAUGAAGAGAGCAUCCUGGAAGAGCUGAAUGAACCACUCAGAGAGGAAAUUGUCAAUUUCAACUGCCGUAAACUGGUGGCAUCCAUGCCACUGUUCGCCAACGCAGAGCCCAACUUUGUGACAGCCAUGUUGAUCAUGCUCCGCUUCGAGGUCUUCCAGCCCCGUGAUUACAUCAUCAGAGAGGGCACCAUCGGCAAGAAAAUGUACUUUAUCCAGCACGGAGUCUGUAAUGUCAUCACUAAGGGAACCCUGGGAAUGAAGCUCUCUGAUGGCUCCUACUUUGGAGAGAUCUGUUUGCUGACACGUGGUCGGCGUACUGCCAGUGUUAGAGCGGAGACGUACUGUCGUCUCUACUCCCUGUCUGUGGACAACUUCAAUGAGGUUCUGGAGGAGUACCCCAUGAUGAGACGGGCCUUCGAGACAGUGGCCAUCGACCGACUGGACCGCAUAGGCAAGAAGAACACCAUUCUGAUGCACAAAGUGCAGCACGACCUCAACUCCGGCGUCUUCAACAACCAUGAGAAUGAGAUGAUCCAGGAGAUUGUCAAGUACGACCGUGAGAUGGUCAAACUGGUGGACCUCCAGAGACCCCGCACCAUGUCCAUGACUUCCUCCGCCCCCGGGGGCAUGUUCUCCCCUGCAGGUCCUUCCGGGGCUGGGGCCCUCGCUAGCCUCCAGCAGGCUGUGGCCAUGAGCUUCUGCCCCCAGGGGAUGGGGCCGAUGGGGGGAAUGGGGAUGCCGGGGAUGGGGCUGAUGGGUAUGCCGAUGGGUAUGGGGACUGGGCCGAUGGGGCCAGGUCCGAUGGGGCUUGGGAUGGCGUCUGGUUCGGGGUCAGGGACGCUGCAGUCCCCCCGCAUGUUGCGGAGGUUCCAGGUGGUCCAUAGCCUGUCCCAAAGCCCAGUCUCCGCAUCCCCUCUCCAGUCCCAGCCACCCCAGAUGGCUCAUGCAACAGGGGCGUUUGGGUCGGCUAUCUCCAGCCCACCAGUCCAGAGCCCUCUGACGCACCAGGGACGGACAUUCCAGUACAUGGGAGGAGCAGGGCCCUCUGGGUCUCAGCUGUCCCUGGUGCAGCACCACGUUCCCAGUCCCACGCACACCAUCCAGAGGCCCUCCUCGCACAAGAGCACCCACUCCCUCCACUCGGGCACUCUGAGCCAAGACGCCCGUGCCCUCUCCUCCUCCCAGCUCUCCCUCCCUCAGGAAGGAACCCCUGUCGUCGCCCUCAGCCCUCCCCAAUCAACCCACCCAUCCACCCAUGCCUCCUCUACCUCCAUCGGCCCUCCUCAGCCCACUCACCCUAGCCAGCCGGGGCCCUCCGGGGUGGGGGUCCAGGUUGAGGGAAGACCCACGGGAGCACCACAGCGUGUGGCUUUCGCCUCUACUCCUCCCCCAGGAGCACCCGGGAUGGGGGCGGCUGUGGCGGCAGCUGAGUCGGGGAUCCCGGACUCUGGGGUUCCUAACAAGGAUUUGAUCGAUAGCCUACCGGAGUUAGACUCGGCCCGGAGCCGGCUGUCUUCUAACUUGUGACCCUAUGAGAGGUGCAGGAUAGAGGCCUUUACGUAGGUGAAUCUAAACCUCUGUCUGAAUGACCUGACUGGUUUGCUUCCUAACCGACAUGGCUGGCAGAAUACGGGCCACAUCGUCAGUCAUUCAUACAGAAUGUCUUAUGUGUCGGUCAGAGUCAACAAAGAGGAAAGAGGAACUCUGUGACUAGUGUGAUUCAGAGUCUAAACAAUUAAACUAGUUUAACAAAGGUAAGACUGGACUGUUCUACUGUGCCAGCACCUUUAUUCUUAGUAGCACCCCUUACAUUCUGCUUCCAAACACCUAUAUUGCUGACUUUUACUGUAAAGAUAUCGAGAAAGAAGCUGUUGCAUACCGUGUAGAAUCCAUACACCGUAAUCUAGCAGGAGCUGGACUUAAAAACGAAAAAUCAGGGACUUGAAUCAAAGGACAAUGAUGACAUUCUACGCUUUCAGAACGUGUUUUUGGGUGUCCUUUUUUUCUGUAUACGCUGUUGUAGCAAAAAUAAAUACAUUGCUCUUCACAUUGUUUAAAAUAGUGUUUUAGACCGCUGGUCGAUCUUACAUCGAUAUGUAAAUAGUUGAAAUAGUAAAAAAAAAAUGACCGAAAGAUAGUAUCUUCAUUGUAUCUAUUCUAAACCAAAGUUGAGCUUGAACACGAAGUUUGGUUGUGUCUGUAUCAACUAAAAAUGAGAUCCAGAAGAAAAUGCCAUUUAUUUAACUGCCUUGAUUCCAAGUUUAGAAGCCAUAUAUUUGGUUUGUGUGGGUGUGUGUAUAUAUAUAUAUGUGUGUGUGUGUGUGUGUGUGUGUGUGUGUGUGUGUGUGUGUGUGUGUGUGUGUGUGUGUGUGUGUGUGUGUGUGUGUGUGUGUGUGUGUGUGUGUGUGUGUGUGUGUGUGUGUGUGUGAGAGAGAGUUGGUAUGCAUGCUUUUGGUUCCAUUCUGUUUUUCCAAGAGAGCUGACAUGUGUACUCAUAUCUUUACACUGCUUUGUCAGGCAUGGUUGGUUGGAUUUGCUGGCAAUGGCACAGGCAAUAUUUCCCAGCUUCUCUGUUCAGCUAAAUGUGUCUGGGAAGAUAUCCACUUGUCAUGUUGGAACAUGUCGUGACACUGGAGGCAAAAGUGGUGGUAAAUUGUCUGCGCUUUAUCAAAAAGAACCAUUUCAAACAACCCACACUGUAUACUUGCUUGUUUUCGUCCAGGUUUAUUGAUUAAUACAUGCAAUAUAAUUCUGCAAUACUCUUACCCCGCGUAUAUGUAUAUACACUAAUUUUCCAGUACAUUAGGUACACCACCCUGUUCAAGAAAAUGGUUCGCUCCUACAGACAGUGAGUCACGUGGCCUUGUUAUAUAAAGCAGGCAGACAGCCAUCGAGGCAUUCAGUUACUGUUUGAUUGAAUGUUAAAAUAGGCAACACAAGUUACCUAAGCUACCUUGAGCAUGGCUUUUCAUGCACGGCAGUGUCCAGGGUUUACCGAGAAUGGUCUGACAAAUAAAAACCAUCCAGUCAGCGGCAGUCCUGUGGGCAAAAACAGCUCUUUGAUGAGAGGUCGAAGGAGAAUGGCAAGAAUCGUGCAAGCUAACAGGCGGGCCACAAACAGGCAUAUAGCAGUGCAGUACAACAGUGGUGUGCAGAACGGCCUCUCGGAACGCACAACUCGUCGGUCCUUGUCGCGGAUGGGCUUAUUGCAGCAGACGACCACGCCGGGUUCCAGUCCUAUCAGCUAAAAACAGUGGACAUGCGACCACCAACACUGGACAAUAUUGAGGACUGGAAAAACAUUGCCUGGUCCGACGAAUCCUGUUGCGUCAUGCUGAUAGCAGAGUCAGGGUUUGGCUAAGCAGCAUAAAUCCAUGGCCUCAUCUUGCCUAGCGUCAAUGGUACAGGCGGGUGGCAGUGGUGUAAUGGAGAGGGGAAUUUUUUCCUGGCACAUGUUAGGUCGCUUGAUACCAAUUGAGCAAUGUUUUCUUGCACUGAAGAAUUCAGGCUGUCCUGGAGGCAAAACGGGGUCUGACCCUGUACUAAAUGGGUGUACCAAAUCAACUGGCCAUAUACAGUACCAGUCAAAAUUUUGGACACACCCACUCAUUAAAAGGUUUUUCUUUAUUUUUACUAUUUUCUACAUUUUAGAAUAAUAGUGAAGACAUCGACAGUAUGAAAAUCAACUAGAAUAACUACAGAGACCAUCGUGUAUUACCUAAAUACUCAUCAUAAAACAUUUAUGAAAAAUACACAGUGUACAGCAAAUGAAAGACACAGAUCUUGUGAAUCCAGCCAAUAUUUCAGAUUUUCUAAGUGUUUUACAGCGAAAACACAAUAUAGCGUUAUAUUAGCUUACCACAAUAGCAAACAUCACAACAGCAUUGAUUCAAGCCAAAAAUAGCGAUAACGUAUAAACCACCAAAAUAUAUUAAUUUUUUCACUGACCUGCUCAGAAUUCUUCAGAUGACAGUCCUAUAACAUCAUAUUACACAAUGCAUAUAGAGUUUGUUCGAAAAUGUGCAUAUUUAGCGGCACAAAUCGUGGUUAUACAAUGAGAAAAGUAGCCAAGCUCCCCAGAAAAUGUCGGCAGAAAUCUUUGGAGAGGCACCUAUUCUAAUCAAUAAAUAAUCAUAAACUUGACUAAAAAAUACAGGUUGGACAGCAAAUGAAAGACAAAUUAGUUCUUAAUGCAAUCGCUGUGUUACAUUUUUAAAAUUAACGUUACUACGCAUACAGCGUGCGCUAAAGCGAGACCGCACCGAAAUUCAUGGCGGAAUUAUUGUUUGAUAUUUGUCAACAUAAAUACGAAUUAACAACAUAAAGACUGCUUACUAUUUGCUGAGCUUCCAUCAGAAUCUUGGGCAAGGUGUCCUUUCUCCAGAACAAUCGUCUUUUGGUUGAAAGAUGUCCUCUUCUCCUGUAGAAAUAGCAGCUAACGCUAGCCAUCCACCUGAGAGGUGUCCAACUCGCGAUAGAGCAACACAAAGAAAUUCCAGAAAAUCGCAAUAAACUGAUAUAAACUGCUAUAAGUCGGUUAAAAUUAACUACCUUAUGAAGUUUUUAAGACAAAAAUCAAAUUAAACCAGAGCCGGAGAUAUAGAACUGCUAAAACCAAAGCUUUUCAGGACGCCAUUGUGAUGUCCCUCUUGCGCCAGGCGCCCCGUUGAAAAGAACGGUACUUCCGUUCCAUGAGCCUUUAUAGUGCCCCAGAUGGUGCAAUCCACUUCAUUCAAAUUCUCACCGCUUACUGACAUCUAGAGGAAGGCGUAUGCAGUGCAUGUAGCCCCAUAGCUUACAUGGGGACUUAUAAACUGACCCUAGAACAGGGACCUCGAUUUCAGAAAUCUCACUUCCUGACAGGAAAUGUGCUGCAGAAUGAGUUCUGUUUCACUCAGAGAAAUAAUUCAAACGGUUUUAGAAACUAGAGAGUGUUUUCUAUCCAAUAGUAAUAAUAAUAUGCAUAUUGUACAAGCAAGAAUUGAGUACGGGGCAGUUUAAUUUGGGAACGAAUUUUUACAAAGUCGAAAUGGCGCCCCCCUAUUGACAAAAGGUUUUAAUGUGUUAGCUGUGUUGUGACAAGGUAGAGGUGGUAUACAGAAGAUAGCCCUAUUUGGUAAAAGACCAAGUCCAUAUUAUGGCAAGAACAGCUCAAAUAAGCGAAGAGAAACGACAGUUCAUCAUUACUUUAAGACAUGAAGGUCGCAAAGACCAUCAAGCGCUAUGAUGAAACUAGCUCUCAUGAGGACCACCACAGGAAAGGAAGACCCAGAGUUACCUCUGCUGCAGAGGAUAUGUUCAUUAGAGUUACCAGCCUCAGGAAUAGCAGAUUCACAGAGUUCAAGUAACAUACACAUCGCAACAUCAACUGUUCAGAUGAGACUGCAUGAAUCAGGCCUUCAUGGUCGAAUUGCUGCAAAGAAAUUUGAGAUUUUUUUUUCCAACCGCCAUGUCUUUGUGAGACGCAGAGUAGGUGAACGGAUGAUCUCCGCAUGUGUGGUUAUAUUUGAUUUGCUUAACACUUUUUGGUUACUACAUGAUUCCAUAUGUGUUAUUUCAUAGUUUUGAUGUCUUCACUAUUAUUCUAUUAUGUAGAAAAUAGUAAAAAUAAAGAAAAACCCUUGAAUGAGUAGAUGUGUCCAAACUUUGGACAGGUACUGUAUACAUAUAUCUAGUGUAUAUGCUGUUUUUUUUACUGUGAAACCUUAAAGAAUCAGCAGCUGCCGUGGCUUCACUAGUUGAGAUAUUGUAGUCCAGCGACCAUAUUGUUACCUUAACCUAAAAUAUCAGAGGAAGUGAGUGGAUGUAGUUUUUUUGUGGAUCAAAUGAGGCAAACUGGUUUCAAACCUGUUCAAGGUCACCUGCGGAUUUCAGAAUGGAGUUAUGGAAAACAAGUCCACAAACUGUCACUUUAAAUUCAAUUUUAAAGUACUAUUGUACGUUGUAAAGCAAGACUAACUAAUCAACAGAAUGCAUGCCAAUGGGAAAUGGGGUGGGGCAGAGGAAAAAGAAAAGUAUAUCUUAACCUGUGUGAGUUUGGUGUUGUAUGUACAGUAUAUUGAGCAAGAGCAUCUCCUUCGAGUCCAAAACUCCACGAAUGUCUGUACGAUAAGAAUUUAUUCCUCAAUAAUUCCUCAAUUCAAGGAUGUGGCGAGUUGUGACUUUGAAGAUAAAUAUUUAAAUGAUUCUAACCCUGGUGUGCUUCAAGCCUUCUCUUGCUGAAUGUAUGCCAUAUGAGGGGGAAGACAGCUAAUCAGAAAUAAACUGCCAUGUAAAUACAAGGACCAAAAUUAUUACGGGUGACGAUACGAAGGGAGAUUUUGCUGAAUGUGUCGCUGAGUGUUUGUGUGAUGUUUCUUAGGUUUGAUGCUUCUCUCGUUUGGGUGAGUUCUGUAUGUAAACUGUAUGUUACCCUGUUCCCUGAUGAGAGAAUACACUUUUUAUUUAUUGGAUGUACUGUAGCAUAGAGAGUUGAAACCAUUUCCAGUUUGUCACUGAGAUCCAACCCUUUGGUUCAAAGCAACACAGCAAAGUUGAGUUCAGCAUUUAAGCACAUUGUGUCACAUUACGACGUUGUAAGCAAAGGGAAAAGCACUGCUUCAGUCUCUUAGAAUGAUCACAUCUGGUUAAAUAAAGGUUGAAUAAAAUGUAAAAAUGUGUAAAAAAAAUAACCUAAUAAUGUCUGUGGACAAAUCUGGGAGAAAUUUGUCAACUGACUCAAUGUGUAAAAAAAACUGGCUUUUGAAGCUUUGAACUUUAUCGAUCGAGAGCAAAGCUGUUAAUUCAUGAUGAUGGACAUUUCACUCAGGUUCGCUACCUUUCCGGAAAGAUAUAUCGUUUUAAUGAUACGUGAUUGGUUGACUAUUUAUUUGUUGUAGGUACAGUUUGUUUAUGUUCUUGUAAUCAACUUGUUUUCAUUUUGCAUCAAGUUGGCUUUGAAUUCUGAUUAAUUGCACAAAACACACAGGAUAUAGUAUAGUUUAAUAAGUUAUAUGUUGAAAUAGAAUGCAGAAGUUCUAAGCAAAGCCCUAUUGACACUUAUGUUUUGACUUACAGGUGUAGGAGGCCAUUUUAGAUAUUGAAAAAAUAACUAUGGAAAAGAAUAGUGAAUGUGAAUUUCCAAGGGCUUCACUAAUUUAUGUACAGGCUUCAUUUUCAUAUACAUUCUGGAUCAUUUGAUAACAAUAUGUAUCAUUCACAAGUGUAUUACAUAUAUUUUCAGUACAUUCUAAGCCACAUUUCAAAACCUUAUGCUUUAAGACUAUCAUUUUUUUAACUGUCAAGUCACAUAUUUUAAGUCAGACCAUAGUCCCCAACAUAUGAAUAUAGUGUUUUGUUUUCUCCCAUGGGAAAAAUGCAUGUCAAAAUGCCAAUAGAAUCAUGAAUGAGUUAAGUCCAAAUGAGUGAAUACCUGUGGAUGCUUCAAUGCGGUUUCAGUGCAAUCAAUUGGUCCUCUUACCUAAUCCUUGUAUGUGAUAAUACCAGAGUUUGCCCUAUAAAGCUGCUAUAAGGACUGUGCUGAUGUUAUUUGUCAGGAUUUGUGUCCACAGUCAGUGAAAGAGAGAGGGACAGAGAGAAAGAAAAAACACUGCUUUGUUCAGUCAAUAUCAUCUCUGUUUCAUUGCAAGAGUUCCCAUGCAUUCACCUCAGUGACCUCAGUGAAUUCACCUCAUUCACCUCAGUGAAUUUGGUUACCUUUUUCUUGAAGCCCUGGCAUCUGUUAUAUCAUGCACGAGACACUGUUUUGCAGGUUAAGUCAAAUGUUAUUUUGAAUUUAUUGUUACUUCGUUCUCCAUUAAAAAAAGAGACUUGCAAUGGAAUAAAAACUUGAUUCCCCGUGCAUGCUUGAAAUCGACUGACGAUUAUUCAGAGAUGAUUAUCUUAGUUUAAAAUCAAUUUUUUCCAUACCAGAUAUUAAGGGUACUGAAUAUCUUGGUAUUAAUGUCUUAGCAAAUCAGGGUGUUCUCUGUUUCUGUUUUGAGAAGUGUCUUCUUUGUUUGUUUGUUUGUUUUGUUGUUUUUGACCAUUUGCCCCAAAGCACAUGGACUGUAUAUACCCUGUGCCUAGUAUAUCUAGUUUCGCCAUAGUCUAUUUUUGUGGUAUGUACGUGCCUGUAAAAAUGCAAAUAUGUGUUUUUAUUUUCAACUUGCAAUAUAUGUACAAAUGUUAGAUAAAGAGUAGUACUGCUGAAUUAAAAUUACAAUGUCAGUAUAUAUAAUUUUCCCUGAUUUGGGAAACACAAAAUUGCACUUUUUGUUGGUUUGAGCCGUCAAACACCAUGUGCGCUGUACUCUGUACUCAUCUACUGUACGUGUGUUACACACAGAGUUGUGGGGGCACAUUGUUACAUUUUUACUACAAUCUGGUAUCACCAAAGCAUUUUGUACAAUGAGAGGGUGACCUCAAAGAGGCUUUUUGUGAAGUUUAUGCAGUCUAGAUAUCACCUCAGUCAACAUACAGUUUGUGUGGACAACUGAACUCAAAAUUGUCCCAAAAAAUCUAGAAUCAUUCAAUUGAAAAUUAACCCCCAAAAUGUAUAUCUGAAGACCAGGGGAGCAACAGCGGUGCAAAGCUGCUUGAAUCAUGGUCUUUAUGUCUGUCUGUUUGACAAAGCCAAUGCAUUUGCUUCUAACCUAAAGGAGACGUUUGGUUAAUAAUUCCUCGUGGGACCUUCAAACCUAGACAUUGCUGUGUGCCAACUACAAUGAUUUAAAACGUCCUCUAGUCUGACUAUUAUUAUACCUUAGUGUUGUAGAUACCGUAGCCUGCUUAUCUAAGCCUUCUCUCCGCUUCAGGACUCUCUGUAUAAUGUGUGUGAGUGUGUGUGUGUGUGUACCUGUGCCUUUCCUUCUACACUGUUGGUCCCACUUGAGAACACCAAGCUAGGUCUGCUAGCCCGCCUCAAGCAAAAACAGACACUGACGCAUUAGCAAUCUGAGUUGGCAUCUGAAAAAAAAAGCUGUUUAUUUUCGACAAAAUACAUUCCACUGCACUGUAGCCAGCGUUCCUAACAGUGGCUGUAGUAGAAAGGUUCUCAGAACUCAAGUAGAUACUAUAUUUCAGCCACUAUGGGUUGUAUCCUAUUCUGCCACUGAAAAGGUUGAUUUCUCAGAUCAUUGUCACUCAGUGUUUGUCGCCCCUAUAGAGGUUGUCGUAGAGCCAGCUUGUGUUUGGGUCUGUAAAGGUUAAAGUACUUUAACGCUUCACUGAACUCCAUACUGUACUCUGUCUGAGCUGAUAUCUAACGGUCCAAUCUCAAACUGACCCCUAACCCGUACUCCUACGUACUUCCUGUACUCUAUAUCUGCAAGGAGUGGAUAGGUUUACUCAAUGUGGUAAUAGCUCCACUUUGUUCUUUGAUAGGCUUGAUGGAACUUCCACCAUAAUAGUUCCACCUACCCAGUACUUUCAGAUGAACAUAAGUGCAUGGGGGUAGGAGGCCCUAAAGGUGUCUUUGGGACAGGUUACACAGCUGCCCUUCAGCUCAUCCAGAACACAGAGCCAGGCUCUGGUCUCUCAUUAAGCUGGUCUGUCGAUCAGUGGCAAUGUUGUUAAAUUGUCCCUAACCAAACGAUUCAGUGUUGUGCAAUAAAAAGAUGAGCGAAUUGGCAUA